AUGGCACAUCAACAACUUGGAGCUGCAAGCAGUCAUUUUAAGCGGUUCGAGCACUGGGUGCCUCUGUUGCGGAACACCAGGCUCCUGAUAAGCGUCGGACAAUUCCACGGUGGUGUGGUUGAUUCACAAUCAGGGAGCGACCAGGUCAAACAGUUGUUGGAGCAGGCGUUCCAGCUGGCCAGUCUCCUGGGCGACAAUGGCAUCAGCGCCAGAGCCCGACACAUCCCAGGGUGCAAGAGCGUUUGGCAGGCGCUCUCUCAAGGCCGGGCAAACCGUCUCCAACAGAGUGGAUGCUACAUCCAGAAGCGUUCAAACUUCUUUGUCACAGUCACGGCCGCCCUCUGGUCGACCUGUUUGCGACUUCGCUUCAACACACAGCUGCCGUUAUGCGUGUCUCCGAUUCAGAUCCAGCGGCAUGGCGAUUCGGCGCCAUGUCGCUUGUCGUGGGAGGGUCUGGGCGUAUGCGCCUUUCCACCACCAGUUCUGUUGCCAGCGGUAAUAGCAAAGGUCAGCGGACAGAGGCGAUUAGGUCUGCUUUUGGUCGCCUUGGUGGCCAGCCAGAACCUGGUUCCCCAGAUCUGCGCCGUCUCGCCCGAAGAAGUCCGCAACAGUUACCAGACUGGCCUCACCUGCUCAGAGCAUCCCCAAAGUAGACAGACCUCCACGUCACGUUCUGAGGAACAGCAGCUGCUUUGUCCCGUGAGGGCACUUAAGAUUUAUAUUGCCAAGUCAUCUUCCAGGAGGCAGUCUCGUAGAGACUGUUCAUCCGACAUUGUCUUCUGUGGCCAAAGCUAUGCUCUGGUGUAUCGGCUAGGAGGUACAUCUAGUGAUGCGACGAUACUGAAGAUAGAAAACGGCAUGUACCGAGUGUGUUCAUCCACUGCAGACAAUCAGUUCGGAGGCAACCAGUUCACUGAAGUCCUGCUCAAAUAUCUUGCUAUGGAAUUUAAAAGACAGUACAAGGCUGAUGUGACUGAAAACAAGCGCUCUGUUACCAAGCUACGCCUCGCUGCCGAGACCUGCAAGCAUGCUCUGUCCACUCUGGGUAAUGCCAAGUGUGCAGUGGAGUCUCUCUACGAUGGCAUGGAUUUCCAUCAUGGGGUUUCAAGGGCCAGGUUUGAGAGUCUCUGUACCAACCUCCUCCAGCAGGGCAAUAGCCUCAUAGAGAAGUGCCUCACUGAGGCAGGGCUGAACAAGACAGACAUCAGUAAAGUGAUUCUGUGUGGGGGCGGGGCCAAGGUACCGAUUGUGCAGAAAUCUGUGGCUGACACUGUGAAAGGGGCCGAGGUGCUGACCUCCAUAUCUCCAGAUGAGGUCAUCGCCAUGGGAGCAGCUAAAGAGGCAGCAUUCCUGGUUGGGAAAGAGAUUGAAGAUUUGAAAGAUCAUGAAGAGCACACUCAAGCCAGAUGUCUCUCAAGCUGUGUCUGUGUGAAGGUGUCGGAUGAUCCCGAGACGGACAACCUGAUCACAUCGCUGCCAAAGCUGAGCCUCAUUCCGUCCAGGAAGCAGCACACUUUCACACUUGCCGACGCCCAGGACAACUUCAGUAUGGAGGUGUAUGAGGCCAGCGAUCCACCCACACUACAAAACUCAUCCCUCCUUGCCAGGAUAGUGAUGCGAGAUCUUCCUACGCCCAGCAGUAUACAAGCGAACUUCCAUCUUAGAAGAGAGGGAACUCUCCACGUCACGUGCCAAGAGCUGACAUCAAAUAGGGAAGAGAGUGUCACGAUUGGCAUCAGCUGAUAACAUGGCUAACGUGCAAGCAUUAUGUGACGAAUACUUCCUGUGCCAGUAAAUCAAAUAUCAACAUGUGGUUAUGUUGGAUGUGUUGUCCGCCACUGUUGCGUAUGAUGAAUGGCAAACAUUCUAACUUCAUAUUACGAGAUUAACAUUUUCAUUU